CAAGCGUGUGUUCUUUUCGCCGGUGCGACGUCGGUCUCAGUAUUCUUCGUUCUCAGUUAGCUUUGGGAGGCUCUGCUACGAACAUUGGCAGGCGCACCGGACGCACGAACACAUAUCCCGGCAAGAGAGAGAGAGAGAGAGAGACGGGUGGUCGCGGCAAACGAAGCGAAAGUGCCAAGUUCAAGUUCGUACAACGCGCGGCGAAGAGAGAAACGUCAAAGUACGUUACCACGAUCAACGUGAGAAACAAACGCAACAAACGUCGGCUGUUGUCGUCGCACACAACCGGACACAACUCGAUUCGAAGAAGCAAAAGCGAAGCCGGUUGGUUGAGAAACGCGCCCGAAGCGCACCGAUCUCUCACGUUCAAUUACUUCGAGUUGUAUCUCGCGCUAGCCUCGCCUGGUUUUUUUUUUUUUUUAUUCCGAUUACUAACACGUGUCGAUCGGGACACGUUAUUUACCGUAUUCACUUUUCUUGUUUUUAUUUUGCGCGGGUGCUUUCGAUGCGAGCCACGACGACGGUGGCGCACAACGGCACGCACGAUCGGAGUGGCAGUUUUAUUGUGUUCUUCUGAAAGAGAGAGAGAGAGAGAGAGAGAGAAAGAGAGUUUUCGUCCCUAAGCGCGAAAUUACCACGUCCGCUGUUUUCGGCACCCGCUGCGAGGAAUCCAUCAAAAAGGAAGAAGAGGAUCGAGGAAAAAGGAGCGGACCAGCUCCAGAUACACAGUGUGUUUUUGUGUCGAAACCGAGGAACAUGUCGACUGCUGUCAUGAGUACCACCAUGUUCGAGUGCAGCGAGCAUCUCUUUAAGAACGCAGCCUCGAACAAGACGAAGGAGUCGUCGACGUCGUCGAAUUCUACAAGCAACGGCGCCACUGGCAACAAUGUCAGUAAUGGACACGCUCCCCUUAAACGCUACACCUCUCUGAUGACCACUUUGAUGGAGCAGCAUCGAAAACUGGACCGUAGCGUUAGCGAACCGACGUCCCGCUACAAGACGGAGCUGUGCCGGCCGUAUGAGGAGAACGGCUCGUGCAAGUACGGCGACAAGUGUCAGUUCGCGCACGGCUAUACCGAGUUGCGUAAUCUCGCCCGCCAUCCCAAGUACAAGACCGAGCUGUGCCGCACGUUCCACACAAUCGGCUUCUGCCCGUACGGGCCGCGCUGCCACUUCAUCCACAACUUCGAAGAGGCGCGCAUACACAAUCAGAAGGUGACGGCCCAGUUGACGGGCGGUUCGACCACGCAGACCAAUCUCGUCGGUUUGAAUCCACUGAUGAGCGCGGCUGCCGCUGCCGCGGCAGCAACCGCGGUGAACGGCAUCGCAACCAACGCCAGUGCUAACAACGCCAGCAACAUCAGCGUGAGCCUGCUGGAACAGCUCGCGGCGUCGUCGCAAGUGGCGGCGGCGGCCGCGGCCGCGGCCACCACGUCGAACCUUAUGAGAACGAACUCGCUGAGUCUCGGCAGUACCGGCAAUGUCAACGCCUACAAUCAGCCGCCGUUGUUGAGAACGUCGUCGUUGAGCUUGGGAACGAAUCAUCAUCACGUGGCGGCAGCGGCGGCUGUGCACCAUCACGUGAAUUCGGUGAUCGGUGCAACAAAGCCGAAGCCGCUCAAUCUCAGUCCGACCUUCUCCCUCGGCAGCUCUGCCGACUCGGUCUCGCCGUCUUCUAGCCUCAGUCAGUCGCCGACGAACUCGAUACCGAACUUCUUCGGCGACGAUGGCUGCAGCCAGCAGACGACGAAUCUGCAGACGACGCCGUUCAGCUUUGGCCAGGAUUUCAGUCUGCUCGCGUGCUCGAGACAGAGCCCGAGUCCGCGCAACAACGGCGUCUGCAAUCACAUGGCGUCCGACGAGGUGGCGCCAAGAACACCGUCACCGUUGUCGCCCAACACCGAAUCCAGAUUGCCGGUGUUCAAUAGGAUCAGCAGCACUCUGGGCGACUUCGACAAUCUCAAGAUUUAGACCAGCAGCCGGACUUUGCACCGCGAGCUAAGAGGAAGGGAAGCGAACUCUCCCUGUCUCUCUCUCUCUCUCGGGUGAGUUUCGCGUUCCUAAGGACAAAAUCUUGAUGAAAAUCUUUGAGUCUUGAUUCGAUGCUUCCUUUUUUUUUUUUUUUUUUCUUUUUGAAUAUGAUGAUACCUUUCCUCCGCAGUGAAUGAACUGUUUGUGAGGAAUGUCUUCUUUAAUUUUUUUUUUUUUUAUACACGGGGUUCGCGCGAUGCGAUUCUCCUUUGAUCAUCAUCGGCCGCUCUUUUUUUAGAGAAAAAAAAAGUUGCGCUUUUUCUGAGCACACGACAGGUUUUCUUCAUUUUCAUUCUUUGAGCCACACCCUGGUUUAUUCCUUUUUUAUAUUAUUAUUACCACCAUAAUCAUCAUAUAUAUUAUCACUGUACUAUUGUAAUA